AUGUUUGAUAUACUCGACCGGACAUUAGCUUUACCCUUUUUUAGCGAAAGAACAAAGAAAGAGAUUAUCGAUCUCAAGUACGGAUAUUUUUCAUUCUAUUACAAUGAUGGACAUCGUACUGUAAAACAAUUGCUAUAUAAGGAUGCAGUUCUUUCUAUUAGACGAAAGGAGUUACCUUAUACUUACGAACUUGUUGUUUCUGGUACUUCCGAACCUGGUUGUCCAUAUGAAAACCAGCAGAUUUUCAAGGUUCAAAAAACAAUGGAGCUUCAACUUUAUCGAAUCAAUAUGAAUCAAGACAUAUGUUUUACAUGGACAAUCAAGGAGUGUGGGGAAUCCUUUGAAUUUGUAUGCAACCAUGCCGUUUCUGAGGAAUAUACAGAGGUCUUUAUGGCAGUCGCUUACGAAUGUAUCUAUGAGGAUGAAUACAAAUCAGGCCGAGAAUUCAUCACUGAUCAAAAAAUUAGCGCCAUUUAUUCUCCUCACUUGGAGAAAAAGAUAUGUUCCGAAAUAUUAAAGAAAAGACCCGAAAGUCAUAGCAUAUUCAUUCCAGAAGAUACAAACUCCUCAUCUACAUUUGUUCAGUAUGUCCCCUUUAAAGGCAAUAAUCCUGUUCAUGGCACAUCUUUGUUUGUGAUUGAAGCAAGCUUUUCACUCUAUCGACCCGACUUUCGAAACUAUAUUACCAUUGGCAAGGUUCUUGUUAAAGUGACUGAACGUGGUCCUUUUAGAUACUGCCUUGAGAUUCAUGGAUCAUACGUUCCAUCAAUCUAUCAAGAAGUAAACUGUAGUAUGAACCCAGUCUUUAAACACAAUGAAAAAUCAUUUAGCUGGAAUUACUCAGAAGACUUGCGUAUUUACUCUUUCAAGAUUGUACCUUAUGAUCAAGAAAUGUACAGUGGACUCAAGGUUCUUUUAUCAAAGGCAAUCUUUGAAUCAGCAUCACAAUACUCGUUUUCUCGGCACAAGAAAAAUCAUCAAGAGUUUAUCGUCAAUGCGAUCGCACCUAAUAAUAUUCCUCUCUCAAGUUCGAAACCAAAAGACAUGGAUGAACAAGUCCAUGUCAAGAAAAGUGACUCUGGCGUCUGUCUGGCGUACGACAAUAAAAUCGAAGUACCCGAAAGCCCUCAUGACAAGGUCUUGUUUGAUCAAAGCUCUUUAGGCAAAGACAGCAUUAUUUCGGUUAGUCAAUCAUCAAGCCUUUUGCUUGUUACUAGAGGAAACAACAUUGGUAUCUAUUCUCAAGGAUUUGGUCAAAAGAUUUCACUUUCGCGACUUAUUCAGGAUGUUCAUGACUUGGAUCACAAAUCCCCCAUUCUUCCAACACAUGCUAUGCUCUUUGAUCAGGAUUCGAGUUACUUGAUGUUUGAUGUGAAUGCAAAGAGCAACACUGUUUACAAAAUGGACCUCAAACGUGAACAGGUUGUUGAAGAAUGGAAAGCUUCUACUGAAGAUCCAUUAAUCGGUAUCUGCCCAAGCUCAUCAUCAGGGAACUAUAACAACCUAAACACGAUCGUUGGCAUCACCUCAAACUCUAUAUUCCGUAUUGACCCUCGUCAGAAGGGCAUCAAUAAGAUCUCUGAUUGUGAUUACAAGAAAUACUCUAGUAAGCCUGAAUUCUCUGCAGUCGCGUCCUCUCAAUCCAAGUAUGUUGCUGUUGGCAGCCAAAAGGGAGUGAUCAGGCUUUUCGAUGGGCUAAACACAGUUGCCACAAUUACCUUACCUCCUAUUGGUGAACCCAUUAUAGGCUUGGAUGUCACGCCUGAUGGUCACUACGUGGUCGCGACGUGUUCAAACUCUUUGGUAUUCUUCCGUACAUCUGGCAACCCUCAAGCUGUUAUGUUACGAAUUCUGCCUGAACAUAUCACCUUGAUGAAUGAAAAGGUUUCUUUCAAGCGAGCCUAUUUUGAUACUAAAGACGAAAACAACAUCAUCUGUACAACCGGCUCAUUUGUUGUUGUGUGGAACUUUAAACAAAUUUGCAAAGGAAAUCUUAGCAGUUAUAGAAUGCAACGAUUGGAUGCACCCAUCAUAACGAGUGCGAGUUGUUCUGCGGAUCAAAUUGUAGUGGCAUUUGACAAUCGUUUAAUAAAGCUUGACAAGGGACCAUUAUUAUAA